AGGUGGCACUUGUAGGGCUUUUCGCCCGUGUGCACACGGUGGUGGCGCUUGAGGUUGUCGAAGUGUGCCGUGGCGUAGUCGCACUGCGGGCACUUGUAGGGCUUCUCGCCGCUGUGCGUCUUCAUGUGGCGGGCCAGGUGGUUGGGGUAGUGCGUGAGGAAGGGGCAGGCGGCGCACGUGUACACUUUGUCGGUGCGCUCGACGGGGCUGCCGGGCGACGACGACGAAUCUUUGGUCAGCAUCUCCAGCGUGCACUUGGCGCAGAUUUGGGCAGACGAGCCGUCCUCGUCUUCCAGCACCACGGCGCACAGGCGGCACGUGUAGGGGAGGGACGAGGACAGGGCCGCGCCGCCGCCUCUGCCCGACCUGCCGCCGGGGGCCGGGGCGGAGGAUGGCGUGGGCUGUGGCGACGCCCCUUUUAGGCUCUCCAAGACCGAUAGGUAGUCUGCAUUCUGGACUGCUAGACUCAGGUGAGCUGAGGCUGCUGCAACCUCUGGCAUGACAGAACAAACAUACAGCAGGUCAACAACCAGAAAUGCAUGCUUGUAGAUGCCCAUCAUGUAGCCCACAGGGCAUCCUUUCAUCGUGAUACAAUACACAGUACAUGCCCUGCUGCGAGUGGUGGGAACAACAUGAAAAAAAUGUAUGAUAAAGUCUAAAAAUAAUGUGGGUAAAGUCUUUUUCCUUUUUUUUUUUUACCAGUUGGGGGAAAAAAACAGCAGAAAUGGACAAAAUCAGCUGUAAUUUUACGAGACUUAAGUCAAAAUAAAAUUUUAAAAAAGUUGUAUUCUAACAAGGAAAAAAGGGUCACAAUUUUAUGAGAAUAAGCUCGCAAUAUGAGGAAUAAAUAUUUAAAAAUAUUUACUAGCAUAGACUUCAAAUAUGUUUUGUAAUAAAAAAAAAUAUGAGAAAACAAAAAGUUGAAAACUAGGUUGAGGAAAAUGUUUAUUAUGGGAAUCAAGCCAAAAUAUUACGAAAAUAAUUUACAAAGAUUAUUUAAGAAGGAAUAUGAAAUAUUUGGGAAAUUAAAAACUGCAAAAAAUGUGUAAAAAGAGCCAAGGCUUUUGGACGUGGACAGUCGUCCUCGCUGCAUCGUGCUUCCAACAUCGCUCAUUUCAAAAAUAUUGAAGCAAAUUGUUCUUGGCCUAAAUUGAGCAUUGUCAAGCCAAAAAAUGGCUAUAUGAACUCAAAUCCAAAUUGUGACUGUAGUAAUGUACAUUGGCCACCAGGUGUCAGUAAUUGUUGGGUGAGACGGGCACUAGACUGGUUGCUAAGGUUCCAUGGGGAACACAUUUACCGUGACGCUGCUCAAGCAGGAGUUUUGUUUCCAUCUUACAUGGCUUAUUAUGUCUACUCUAUUGAUUAAUAGGAGUUUAAAGCCGCCAAUACAACACAUUGAUGAGACAGUAGCUGCUACCGCCUGAGUCUUAUUUAUGUCCACUACAUUGGGUAAUACAAAUGGAAAAGUGACUAUAGCGGUGUUAUUUCAUGCUCUAAUAACAGAUCGUGAACAGGUUUUCGAUGCUGUAACUACCAAAAUAUUCCAUUUAAUACGGAAUCCUGCUUAACGAAAAUUCACUUAGAAUCACGAAGCGGCCCUUGCAUGCUGUCAUUUUUUUGGCCCUCGCUUGGACCCCCUGCUGUAAACCACACAUCUCUCUAAAACGUGUUUUCAAUGAGUAAAGCAACAUAAACAUACCCUUGGCAGCUUCAUCCUCCUCCUCCUCCUCGCUGGUUCUCUGGCCUGUCAUGUGACUCUUGGGGCCGCUGGGCCCGCUGCCGGGUCUCAGUGAGGCGUCCUGCCCCCCUGGCACGCCGGUGUUGGGCGCGUGCAUGCGCUGGUGCCUCUUGAGGUUGCCGAGGGAGCUGCAGGCGAAGGCGCAGCUCUCGCACUUGUAGGGCUUCUCGCCCGUGUGGAUGCGCAGGUGUCGCUGCAGGUUGACGAGCUGCGCCGAGGCGUAGGCGCAAAUGGGGCAGUUGAAGGGCUUCUCGCCGUUGUGCGUCUUCAUGUGGCGCUUGACGUGGUUGGCGUAGCGAGAUGAGAAGCCGCACUGGUGGCAUGAGUGCAGCUUGGCCUUGUCGUCGCCUGGCAGCGCUCCGUCGGCCGUGCCGUUGGGGAUCCCGUCAAGCUGCGCGUGGGGGUGAAUCCCGCUCAGGCUUCCGUAAGCGAAGUCCGUGGUCUUGACGUCCCUGGCGGCUUUGCAGCAGCGUAGGCAGUAAGGGCCCACCAGGUGUCCCAGGGGGUCGUCGCGGAGCUGGCCGCAGCCCCGGCAGGACAGAUAGGGGGGGAAGGCGGGCUCGGAGCGGCCCAUGCGGCCCUCAUCCUCCCUUACGUUGUCGGGUGUGCUGCUGUGAGAGUUUUCCGUUUCGCUAUCCAUGCUGAGCUGGCUGCAGUCGGGGUUGUCCUCAUCACACAGAGGAAACACGGAGAAACCGAUCUCAGCAGCUACCUCUGUGUGGGACACGACACAACACACUGCUGUAGUAAUCACCUCCACCACUAUAAAGCAUCAACAGUGACGUAAUGGAAGUAUACAUGCUUGGCACUGAAAUGCAGCUCUGUGACUGGCUGAGCAGAAAGUGGGCGGGAACUGCUGGCUAGCUGAGCCAAAAAAAAAAAAAAAAAGGCCAACGUUCCAAUCAGACAAGAUUUAACAGACAUUUUAUCGGAUAUAUUUGUCUAAUUUUUCUAUUUAGUUUUUCUGAAUUUUGCUGUGCUUUUCAAUGAUUCUGGUAUCAUUUAAAAAUGCUGUAUUUUAACACCAAAAAGAAAUGACAGAACAAACUCACUUGCAUACGCUUGAAUUUUGCCAAUGGCUUUGAAGCAUUAUUCUCGACAGAAUGGAAAGAAAAUGAAAACCAAGCUCGCAGGACACCUCCUAGGUUCCUUGGCCCGUCCGGUCAAACAACACAACCCUUAGAGACGAAAGCCAAAAGGAACACGCCAACAACCGCCACGUCGUGCCUGAUGUACGCCCCUGCGACAUCACAUCACACUCAAGCGCUCGUGCUCUCAACCACUCUUGGCCAAUACUUACGCUUUUUUUGUGGUCAGCCCAAAGAAGCUGCCUCCCUCGGAGCGACAAAACAAAAACCGCCUGGUUUUCAGAGCGCAGCCAGUGCGAGCCCCUUUCCCCUCAAAGAUGUGGAGUGAGAAUGCCAGGAGAGUCCGGACCGCCUUUUGGUCAUUCGCCCCCAACCACCCCCCCACCUCCCAACCAUGAUUACAGAGCCUGAUGAUGAUGAUGAUGAUGAUGAUAGUGUGGCUGCAGCUGAUGGUAAUGAGCUUUGAUGAUGAUGAUGAUGAUGAUGGGGUAAUAAUGGCAACAGGGAAGGCAACAGCAGAUGAUGAUGAUGAUGAUGAUGAUGAUGAAUAGAUGAUGGUGCCCUUGAUGGUGGCAGUGGUACUUUUUUUGAUAACGGCAUCACAGCCUCUCUUGAAAGCAGAAAGUCAUUUCUUUGGCUGCUGACCAUCACGUCCUGCGUUCUAAAAACCAAACACCCUAGUUUGUGCAAAGGUACGUGCACCGUAUUCAUCAUCGGAUUUUUCGGGACAAAAGUACCAAAUACGCCCGGUCCAUGCCUCGCCUCUGGAUGGUGCCAAGGAGAAGCCAGAGCAUGAAAACCCGCUUCCGUCGUCCCGGUUACGUAAGGAAGCAGUGUGCCGCCAUUGUUCAGUGGAGACGAGUAAUGGAGCUACAAGCUGGAACCGCCAAAGCUGAAGCUAACAUUUCCUAAAAAUAAAAGAAUUCAGACGACUCCAGCUGUUGGUUUGGUGGCAUUUAUAUACCUUCAAUCUAUAUACUAGAUUUUAACACAGUUUGCAUUUCCUUAGGGCCUAUGUAACCUCUUCUGAAAUGGUUCAAUUAUUAUUUAUCGGGUGAUUUAUAGGAUUGUUCCAGGCUGCAAUGUUUAUCACAAGAUGGAUUUUAGGCCGAUUGGCCCAUCACUCUAACAUGCUACUUUUCUUUUGUGGGGAAAAACAUGAUUUUGUAUGAUGUGUAUGACAGAACUUUGCACUGUAUAGGAUUCUAAGUUCACCAUUGAUGUGAUGACUGAGUGGCUCAAUAGGGCCUCUUAUGGAGCCUAGUUGUCUUUAUUGUGAUCUGAUGCAGUGCACUUUUAAUUCAUAUUCAUCUUUUUUAUCUUUGUAGAAGCUUGUAAUGAAAGUCAUUGGGUGUACCUAAUGAUGUGUCCAUGAAUUUACCAUGCGUGUAAACACACACACACACAGGCAAGUUUUGGUAUGUUCAAACCAACCUGAGAACUUUUCCAGGCCCAGAAACUUGUGGUCACGAUAAGGAUCAGCAAAGUGAAGGUCGUGUUCUAGAAGGAAGUCUGCGUCCAAGGUGAGGUUUCCCAGAGUUUCGGCAGCUACAACAUCUUUAGAAUCCGCUGCCACGAGAAGAACGAGAUGAGCCGCUCGUGUCCAUCGCUUAUUUCUUUACCAUACAACAACACAACACAUCUCCACGCCUGACUCACACUUGACUGGCUGUGGAUUCUGCUGUUUUUUUCUUGGCAUCUUCCAGUCAGCCUCUCCUUUGUUUGAAACGUCUUCCUGCAGACUUCCACAACCAUCACAUCAGUGUGGGGGUUUCCCAGCAAUUCUGUCAAAAGAUGGAUGGACAUGGGAGACAUUUAAUGACGCCUGGCACUCUCUGCAGUUGAGUGAGCACCAUAUGAGGCCCGCCUCCACCCACCGAGACUGAAGGACUGACAAAAGGGCUCACUUCGUUCAUGUCGUUCUAUGGAACAAGCGCGCCAAGGUGCUGAAUGCAAUGCAGAGUGAACACUCUUCCUGCCUGUUUGGAGGCGGGAGACAAGGAAAACAGACGCGGACGCACGCACAUUGCAUUAUAUCGAGGCUGGCAAAACUAUCAAGUUCAUUUCAAAUUAAUUCCUUAUAUUCCCAGGCCUAGUGUCUGCGAGACAGUUGUUUUUCUGUCACGUUUUAAUCUCGCAAGAUCUCGUGACACCCUAUUAAGACAGUAAAUAUUUUGUUAUUGACCUUUUUUAACCAGUGUUCAUCCAUACACGCCUGACACCUUCUGCAGGUGAGUAAACGGUUUCCCAGCUCAGCAUGAGGCGAUAACGUACAUGCUUUUUGUUACGUGGACGUAACAAUUGUUGUCUCCUUUACUUUGACGCAGUAAUUAGAGGCUGAAGCUUACCAGCUGGGAAAUUCGUACCAGAGACUGCUUAAUUGCAACCCGUUCACAAAAAGAGCAUGCGGCUAAUGUUGAGCAACCUCAGCAGGUUUGCAGAGGUGGCUGUAAAAGGUGAAUCAUUUAUUAUUUUACCUAACACGACGGGGGGGAAACACAGACGCCAAGAACAAACAAGCGUCGUCUUAGUAAAUAAAUGAGCUGCGGUUCUCCGUUGUCAACACACGGCUAAAUUAGCCACGGCGAAGCUAACGUCAACUACAGUGCAAAGUGAGCCACCAUGCUAACUUACCUAAAAAGAGAAAGUACUCCUCCCCCCGAGUGGCGUGUUUGUCGCCGCAGUGCGCCCCAUUAGCAGCGACGUGGCUCUCCGAGAGUGCACCACGUCUGGAGAGCCGCCAUUUCUUCAUGAGCCUCGGCGACAAAGAAAGGCAAUUAAUGCUAUUUUUCAUAACUUAAUUGAUUUUCUCAUUCGCCCUGUGAUCUGCCGGAGCAGGAACAACAAGGAAACUUCCGGUUUGGGCCACUUCACAAUUAAAGCGUGUGUAUGUCGUCAGGGUAGUAUUCGGAGCGUUCGUCCCUUUGGCUGCACCUUACGUCACCCUUUCAGCCAUCACGUCUAAAGGCAUAAUCGCUACAAUUAGAGCCUUACGUCGCUGAAUGACGACAGUAUUACAACAUAGAAAGGAAAUUUCGUGUUUCUUUUUUUUUAUCUUUGUAGAUCGCAGACUUGCUAGCCAUAACAUUAGGUAGACAGAUAAACAUUAAGAAUAAAGCUGUCAUGUUCUGAAAAUAAAUGUGAAAUAAAUACGUUAUCCUCAUACUAUUUAACUUGAUUUUAUUAUUUUUGUUAGUUUUAGUGUUGUCCCAAUACUCUUGUAGAGCUAUUGGAACGUCUACUUUUUCAUAGAAACUUUGUCGUUUGUUUUGAAAGAGCCAUAGACCCCACCGGAUUUGAUGUUAUUAUCGAGUUGUAGUUGUCGUCUAGCUCGACAUUUCCGUUUCCGGCAGUAAUUUACGCAAAAAGAACACAUCGUUUAAUUGUUAUAUUUAUUUGAUUCUAACCGUCAAAUGUUUUAGAUUUUUGUAGAUAAGUGAUUUCAGGACUGAAUGUUGGCGAUAUUUAGGGGGUAGGGGUGUUGUUAAGGCCAAAGGUGAAAUUAAGAGAAUAAAGUUGUAAUGUUUCGAGGAAUUUUCUUGGUGGUGGUAUUUUUUUUAGCAUUGCCCUAGAACACAUUCGUAUAUAUUUAUUCAAACGCUAGGUUACUCUUUGAAAUAAACUGCUUUAAAGCGUUUAUUUUGAAAGGCACGCGGACCCUGCCGGAUGUCACGCUGCUAUAGUGGACUUGUCGUUUUUAACUAGUUAAUUCCGCUUCGGGUAAUCGUUUGAUGUUUUGGCGCUAGCUAGGUGAACGCACAAAACAAUACCAUGUUAUCAGAUGUUAUCUUAAAAUUAUUUCAUCCUUGAUUUAGGUGACUGUUUAUACAUAAAAUACUGUAGUGAGUUAUAUAUUUAUAGUUCUUCAAUAGAACGUGUAAAAAAACGAGAAAAACUUCAGAAGAAUCCUUUGUUAGCAUACAUAUAAAUUGUAUGUACAUACGAGGGGCAAUAUUUCACCUAAAUGCAAGAUAAUACAGAAGAAUAUCACCAAAUCAUUUAUUUCGUUCUUCUGACAUUUAGUCCAACCUGUUUUCAUUAAAAACAAGUCCGUACCAGAGGUAUUAAAUCCUAUGCAAUGCGCGUAUUUGUGAGAAGCAAUGUUUCCCUGAGAGGAGCUCAUUUAUGAAUAGGAGAUCCUGAGCUGCUGCGUCAUCCCAUUGGUCCAUGUCACCGCAGUGUGCCACCCAUCCGGGCCGCUGCUGUUCACAUGCGAGUCGUCAGUGAGGUGCAAGCCGGGGGAAGGCUCUCUUCACCGCGGGUGCAUUGCUCUGCUUGUGAACACCCGCCCCUCCUUAAAACCACCACCACCACUUGCACGGCUUCUCUGCAGCUUUCCCGGGGUAACAGAGGAGGACAGCGCCUGAAAGGAGGAUGAGGAUUUUCUUUUGCGUCUUUAGGGGAGGAGCCAUUUGUUUAACGCGCUGCAAAGAGAGGGCGCCGAACACGGAGAGGUUGUGAAGAGGAGCUCUAAAAGUACUUUGCGAUGUUCUGCAGAGGACCAGCAGAAGUCCAGUGAAGGAGAAGAAAGAGCAGGAACAUCCCAAUGAAUCGUUACUAGUGAUGUUCCCCUCUUGACAGGGGUCACCUCCUCUCUUGUCGUCCUCCAUCGCCGCCUCUCUUCCUCCCUCGCUCCUUGACUCACACACACGCACACACACACACACACACACACACACACACACAGUGCUUCUGCUCAUGGUCGUUGGCCUGCGCUCGUCAGUCGCCGCUCCAGUCCAAGUAGACCAUGAAGAGGCCCAAACAGCAGCAGACGGGACCCCUGAGCUUCCUCAACUUCUUCAGCCGAAAGCCCAAAUCGGAACCGCGGCCGGAAAAGAAUGUGGAGGCCCGGCCCAAAGAGGAAGUUGCAAUCACCCUCACCCUGCGUGAACAUCCAGAGCUGGAACUUGCAACAGAGGACGCUGCAGAAUCGAGUGUUUCCGGAGCAGAAAGAAGCGAAGGAGGAGGCACUGAGCCGGCGGAUGAUGCCGGCGCCGCGGCCGCGGCCCCGAGCUGCGGCUCCACCGACGUCCUGUCGCUCUCCUCCUCCAGCCAGGACCACCUGGUGGACGAGCACCUGGAGGAGUGUCCGCUGUGCCUGCUCAGCCAACCGCGGUGCCGCUUCCCGCGACUCAUCACCUGCUCCCACCGCACCUGCUCCGACUGCCUGCGCCAGUACCUGCGUAUCGAGAUAUCCGAGAGCCGGGUGGGCAUCGCCUGCCCGCAGUGCCCCGAGACCCUGGCGCCGCUGGACGUGCGCACCAUCCUGGAUGACCGGGCGCUGCUGGAGAGGUUCGAGGAGUACCAUCUGAGGCGCUUUCUGGCCGCUGACCCGGAUACACGCUGGUGUCCUGCACCUGACUGCAGCUAUGCAGUCAUCGCUUACGGCUGCGCAGAGUGUCCCAAGCUGAGCUGCGGCCGGGACGGAUGCAACACAGAGUUCUGCUACCACUGUCGCCAGCUGUGGCACCCCAACCAGACGUGCGACCAGGCCCGACGCCAGAGAGCGCGCCACGGGUCGGCCAGUAAGGAUGCCUCGGCGCUGUACGUCUUCAACGAAGAGGCCGGAGGAGAUGCAGAGGAGAUCAAGCCGUGCCCUCGCUGCGGCGCCUACAUCAUGAAGACCAACGACGGCAGCUGUAACCGCAUGAACUGUACUGUGUGUGCCUGCCAGUUCUGCUGGCUGUGUAUGCAGGAGAUCACCGACGUGCACUACCUCAGUCCCUCAGGAUGUACGUUCUGGGGGAAGAAGCCGUGGUCGCAAACCCGCAAAGUUCUGUGGCAGGUGGGCAUGCUGCUCGGAGCCCCCGUGGUCAUCUCCCUCAUAGCUGGCAUCGCCAUACCCGUCAUCAUAGUGGGCAUACCCAUCUACAUGGGACGCAAGGUCCACGGUCGCUGUAAGAAAAACAAUAUCUCAGGAAGCAAGCACUACUUGACGGUGGCCAGCGGCGUGAUGAUGUCCGUGUUUGUGUCGCCGGUCAUAGCAGCUGUCACUGUAGGCGUAGGCGUGCCGCUCAUGUUGACGUACGUGUACGGCGUGGUGCCCAUGUCGCUCUGCAGGAACGGCUGGUGUCGACCGAACAGCGAGUCCCCCGACACGCGCAAGAUACAACUGGAGGACCUGGCCAGCUACCUUCUGUUCUCUCACGUGGUCAGCGACCACUGGACGUCCCAGAGCAACCCCGUGCCGGGCGACACCUCCAGCCUCCACGAGGUCAGCGUGCAGGAAGCCAGCGCCCUCCCGAGCACCAGCGCCACGCCCGCAUCGCUGGACGGCUACCCCGCCAAGGAGGAGGAAUCGGGCCAACACCACACAUACGCCCACGAGGACAGCCAGUCAGAGCGCACACAAGCGGCGCUUCCGUCGAGGGAUGGAACCAACAUCGAGGUCCGCGUGGAAAUCGAGGCCCACCCCAGAGGCGCGCGCCAGUCCAGCCUUAGUAGCGUCCUGUCCAGCCGUAGCUUGUCAGCCGAGUCUCUGCAGGCACAGUCGGCAGCGGAGGAGAGACGUGAGGGCGGAGAGAAGACAGGAAGAGAAGAAGGGAGCGUUUUCUUUGAAACACACCACGUAUGAUGCCCAGGGUUUAUAUAUAGGAAUAUAACACCCACACAAAAGGGGGGCGGUGAACGCACGGACGGACCCGUUGGCCCUGGCCGCCCUCAGCUUCCGAGACCCUCCCACCAGAUGCCUUUAACCUGUGAGGAAGAAGAGAUCCGUAGCGUGCGUGCGUGCACGUGUGCGUGUUAGCAUGACACUGCAAUCAGGAGAGCAUUCAAACCUCACAGCAUGCUAGCUGACGUCUUCUCUGUUGUCUCAUUUCACCUUUAGCGACCUAACCCCCCCAUAAAUAAAGAGCAUGACUAGUUUACUGGGAAAGGAUGACGGAUUUAGCAUCAUCAUCAUCAUCAUCAGACACGUGCUGCAGUGGGAACAUGCACGUUCACGCCCGCAAGUCGUUGCACCGUGACUUUGUGGCAGGAACGCCGCAUCAUGGACAAAAGUAUUGGGACACAGGGUCACGAUGAAGGACAGAAAACUGUCCACAAUGUUUCACUUCAAUGAGUCAACUUGAAAUUCAAGGGCUGCAGCCCAACCCCCCUGGCUAAUGCCCGGUUGGAGAUGACCACAGCGUACCCCACCAGACAUCUGCUAACACAACAUAAGCUUAUGAAAAACAUUUCAUGAAUCGCUCUUGGAAAAACUACGCACCAAAUUAUUGUAGGCGACCACCAUGUAUCCCACGGGCAAAAUUUGGGAUUUUUUUGCAAGGAUAUUUCAUGGAAACGGGGGUGUCCAAACUGCAGCCGCUGGCCCACGGCAGAUUCCAAAAAUAGAAUUGAACAAGAAAACGGCAAAAUCAGCAGUAGUUUUACAAGAAUCGAAUGAUGUCGAAUAAUAACGGUUAGAGAAAAAAGUUGUAAUCCGUCGGGAAAAAGUUGUACAUUUACGAGAGUAAGGGCGUAAUGAGAUUUGGAAAAAUAACCUCAUCUUAGUAGCAUAAAGUUGAAACAUUAAAGACAAGAUGUAAUAUUAUGAGAAACAAAACAACAAAUAAAGUUGGGAUUUUUUUUUAAUUAGGUUGCGGAAAAAGUGAAGCGUUGACAAGAAUAAAGUCUAAAUAUGAAGGGAAUAAAGUCAUAAUUACGCAGACAUUUUACAAGAAGAAAGAAAUUGUUGGGGGGGAAACAAUAGUAGAAAUGAAAAAAAAUGCAUUUUAUGAGAAUAAAGUUGUAAUAUUAUUAUUAGGAAAAAUAAUUUCAUUUUAGUAGCAAAAUUGUGAUAACAUGAGAAACAACCAAAAUUAAUUUGGGGGAAAAAUGUGUAUUAUGGGAGCAUUAGAUUCUUUUUUUAGGAAGAUUAUUUAAGAAGAAAGUUGAAAUAUUUGGAAAAUGUAAACAGCAAAAAUGUGAAAAAAAGAGCACAGACGGGAGUUGAUGCUUUUUCACCACCACGACAUCACCACGCUGACCUGCACUUGCAUCUCCAAACACACGUUUAGAACCUCUUAGCAUAUUUCUACAAAAUAUCCAAGUGGCCCUUGCAUCCUUUCAUGUUUCACCACCCGGCCCCUCGGUAGAAAGGUUUGGACACCCCCUGCGUGAAAAAUGGUGCUCUGAUUACCCUGAAAGCCACCACACAUGAAGCUCUACAAACAGGUGGGUGUAGACCACCACAGUGUCUCCCACCAGAUGCCAGGAUUUUUUUUCUGCGCUCAUCCCACUAAAAUACACACUUUGUUUUGUACAAAUCGCACACAAAAAGCUUAGAUUGUUUUAUGUGUGGAUAUUUUAAGACCCAAAACAAUGGUUGUAAAGCACCACAGUGUUUUUGCUCACACUUUACUAUAAGGUACACAAAAAUACAGUAGUUACUGAGGAACUAAUGAAUAACUAAUGAGGAACUCAUGACUAAGGCACACAAAUUUAGCCUACUUACUGAGGAACUAAUGAGUAGAGUAGUUACUGAGGAACUAAGACAACAUAACUUUAGACUACUUACUGAGGAACUAAUGAAGAACUAAUGUGGACCUAAUGACUAAGGCACAAACAUUUAGACAACUUACUGAGAAACUAAUGAAGAACUAAUGAGGAACUAAUGAGUAGAGUAGUUACUGAGGAACUAAGGCAUGUAAAGUUAGACUACUUACUGAGGAACUAAUGUGGAACUAAUGACUAAAGCACAUACAAUUAGACUACUUACUGAGGAACUAAUGAAGAACUAAUGACUAAAGCACAUACAUUUAGACUACUUACUGAGGAACUAAUGAAGAACUAAUGAGUGGAGUAGUUACUGAGGAACUAAGGCACGUAAAGUUAAGACUACUUACUGAGGAACUAAUGAAGAACUACUCUGUAACAAAUGAGUAGUGGUUAGGGUUAGGUAGGUUCAUUCAUUAGCUAUGCAUUCGCUACUGUCAUUUUGUGUACCUUAUUGUAAAGUGUCACUCAUUUUUUUUUAAGUUUGUUCCACAAAAAUACGGCGUUGUAAUUUGAAACAUGAACUUCUAUAAACGUAUAUAACUUAUAUAAAUAUCGAUGUUUCCAUUCAGAAAAACUCCUACCACAAUAUGAAUCUUUUUUUUUUAAACAAUAACAAAGUUUGCCACUAUGACCACACUUGACAUAGUACUGUGAAACUCAUGCAUUCUGAGAGGCCAGAGGAGGAAGUGUCCCAAGACUUGUGUCCUUAGUAGCUCACUUUCACACAACAACAAGAAGGAAGCAUCAGUGCAGUGGUCUUCCUCAUCUUCCAGCUGCACGAUGAUGGCGAUGUUCUCACCAACGUACACUCUGUGCUCACACUCUCAUAGUAGGAUGUGUAGUCUACGUGACAACAUGGAUUAAGACCUUCUGCAGUGAUCACAGAGCAGCACAACUACCGCAGCAGCAGCAGCAGCAGCAGCAGCAGCAUGCCACCUCAGGCCAAAAGUAACAUCCACCACUGUUUCAUGAGCAGAAACAUGGACUGACUGUUCAGGCACUGCUUUGCUUCAUGGGUGUUGAGGGCUGACGUUAAUAACCUGUGAUGGGUUCAAUAAAUAUCAAACAA